AUGUUAGUAGACCUUCGGGGGAAGACGAAUCAUCCUCUCUCUCUCUACUCCUGUCCAAUCGUUGAUGAUAAUCAGAUGGCUUUAAUAGAACUGGCUCAUGAAACUGAGGUUACAAGAUUUGAACUGUCUGAUAAUAUCAAGACCCAGAUUGCUAAUCAUCCUCUGUAUCCUAACCUAGUAUCUGCCUACAUCGAGUGCAGAAAGGUGGGAGUACCACCAGAAAUGGCUUCACUUCUUGAAGAAGUCAGCAAAGAAACCCACCCCACCAUUUCUAAUGGAGCUGACCCUGAACUUGAUGAAUUUAUGACAUCUUAUUGUGAGGUUCUACACAGAUACAAGGAGAAACUGUCAAAGCCAUUUGAUGAAGCGAAAUCGUUUUUAAGCAACAUCGAGUUUCAGCUCCGUGAUCUCUGUAAAGAUACCUUUGCCUCAACCACCACAUCUUUAAACUACCAUUCUGCAGAUGAUGGGAAUGCUACUUUGGAUGAGGAUGUAAGUUGUGAAGUGGAAGCAACUGAAAGUCAAGAAUCUCUUGGUACCCUUCAAGGUGACCAUGAACUCAAAGAAAUGCUAAUGCGCAAGUACAGUGGCUACCUUAGCAGUUUGCGCAAGGACUUCUUGAGGAAAAGGAGAAAAGGAAAACUCCCGAAGGACGCAAGGAUGGUAUUGGUAGACUGGUGGAAUGCACACUACAAAUGGCCAUAUCCCACGGAAGAGGAGAAAAAUAGGUUAUCAGAAAUUACGGGAUUGGACCAGAAGCAGAUCAACAAUUGGUUCAUAAACCAGAGGAAGCGACACUGGAAGCCGUCUGAAGACCUUAGAUUUGCUUUCAUGGAAGGUCCCAGUAAUGGCAUAUCAGAACCCAUGUAUUUCGAUGCUGCUGGAGGAACUGGAGGCAUUGGCACUUAA